AUACUACCAGCCGAUGGUACACACACGCACACACACACACGUUAUUUGACAACUUGUCUCUGGAGCCAAAGUUCCUCGCAUAUAACUACUAGUAUCUGCAUGCCUGCACGCAGUGUGUAUUGAACACGCACGACCACGAUCUAAUGAAUAUUCAUCGGCGAGACUGACGUCAUUUUACGAGUCUCCUUUCAAACUUGGAUCAUAAGUGCCUACCGUAGUUUACUAGUCAAUCGAGCGAGAUACGAAGCGUAAUCAGUCAUGUCGUCAACAAAUACCAAGAGAAUCGCUUACGUUGGAGGAUUGGCAGAAGAGGUAACAGAGAAGACGCUUCAUGCAGCCUUCAUUCCUUUUGGCGAUAUCAUGGACAUACAAAUCCCCCUUGACUAUGAGACUGAAAAGCACAGAGGUUUUGCUUUUGUAGAGUUUGAGUUUGCAGAGGACUGCGCAGCUGCAAUCGAUAACAUGAAUGACUCUGAACUAUUUGGCCGUACGAUCCGUGUCAACCUUGCCAAGCCAAUGAAAAUCAAGGAUGGGUCAGCCAAAGCAGUAUGGUCUGACGAUACCUGGUUGAAGAAGUAUGCCGGUGCCACUUUGAAGAAAGAGGAAGGGGGAGUGGUGGGAGGUGAUGAUGAUGACGCCACGGCAACCAAGCGAUCAGCGGAGAAUGCAGGAGAGACGGCUGAACCACCAUCUAAGAAGACCAAGGCCAACCCUCAAGUAUUCUUUGAUAUCAAGAUAGGAAGUAAAGCAGCGGGUCGCAUCACAGUACAACUUCGAGCUGAUGUCACACCGAUGACUGCAGAGAAUUUCCGCUGUUUGUGCACGCAUGAGAAGGGCUAUGGCUACAAGGGCAGUGUCUUCCAUCGGAUCAUCCCACAAUUUAUGUGCCAGGGAGGAGAUUUCACCAACCAUAAUGGAACCGGUGGCAAGUCUAUCUACGGCAAGAAAUUCGCUGAUGAAAACUUUGUACUGAAGCACACAAGUCCAGGAAUGCUUUCCAUGGCCAAUUCGGGUCCAAAUAGCAACGGAUCACAGUUCUUCUUGACAACAGAAAAGACAGAAUGGUUGGAUGGCAAACACUGCGUCUUCGGGCAGGUGAUUGAUGGGAUGAAUGUCGUGAAAAAGAUGGAAUCGGUUGGAACAAAGUCAGGCAAACCUAGGGAAACGGUUACCAUUACAGACUGUGGAGAACUGGUAUGAUAGUUGGAUACUAGUUAGAAAAACUUUGGUUUGGUAUGUUGUGUUUCAACGCAGCUCGCCAGAGGGAUUUUUAAGGAUCAGAAUUCAUUAGGAAUCCAAGGAAAGUGUCACCAUUACAGACUGUGGAGAACUGGUAUGAUACUAGUUAAAAAGACUUUGUUUUGAUGUGUUGUGUCAAUGCAGCUUGCUAGAGGGACUUUUAAGGAUCAGGAUUAAUCAGAAAUCCAAGGAAAGUGUCACCAUUACACACUAGUGUAUCCAGCAUCAGCUAUGACAGGGAAAUGUAUGGGCCCAUGCACAAGCAUAGCAGAGUCACUAUUGUCCCCAGACAAUUGGGCCCCUGAAAUGCUUUGUAGGAUCUGAUGCUGGAUACGUGCCUGCCAUUACAGACUGGAGAACUUGUUUGAUAGUUGAGUGCUAGGUAGAAAGAAAGACUUCCGUCUGGUGCAUUGUAUUUCAACGCAGCUGGCUAGAGGGAAUUGUGACGAUUUUGAAGGAUCAGAAUUAAUCAAAAACCAAAGGAAACUGUCACCAUUGCAUACCGUGGAGAACUGGUCUGAUACAUGUAGUUGGAUACAAGUUCCAGAGAAAGAUUUAGUUGGAUGUGCCAUUUUCAAAAACACAGCACUCUUUACAAUGUGUGGAAAUGCCAGUCUUCAUGCCUCCCCAUGUCAGGCCUUUCAGGCUUAAUAUUGUACAGCAUAUAUUAAGUUUUAACUUGUUCAGGCUUCUUUUCGGACCUCUUAUAUGUCCAGUGAGUGUAAAACGGACAUGCCUCCAUCUAUAGACUUGUGAAAACUUUGCAGGAUCAUAAAUUAUAAAACAUAUUUAUCAGUGCUACCUCCUCUGUCACCAUGGCAGAUAUGCCAACUGUUCCCUUUUUAGAGUAUUUGUUUCUCUUUUUUGCUAUGAAUAUGCCAAUACUUUUUUUGUAUGAUUUGUUACCUUUUUUUUUAAUUUCCAAUCAUGGAGUUUGUAUUAUUAGUAUACACAGCGCGCGACACUAGCGCCAGGUCUGACGGUCCCAGACCAGUAAAAAUCACUGUCGGGCCAGUAACUUGUUGCAUGAAAAAAGCAAGUAAAUUCUUGCCUACAGGCACAUGUUUAAAAUGGUGAAUUAUCAAGUUUUCAAGUAGAGUCAUUUCACACUCCGUCCCUUGGAUAGGACUUUAAAUGGAGGCCCCGUGUAGAGGAGAGCCACCACCUUUGCACUUUAAGAACCCACUGCACUAUUCGAAUAAGAUUAGGGGGAAACCCCGGUGUAGUGGUCCACCUGCACUCCCUCCAAUCAGUUAUAUCGGGAGGAGAGACCUGCGGGUCACAGUGAUUCAGUUCGCUUUUCGCCUCCCAGGCACAGGUGACGCCAAACAAAUAAUAAUAAUAACGUGUUUUUUCAUCGAUCUCACUACAACAGGCUGGCGAUUGUUAUAUUGAGACAAAUUUUUAAGAAUACUCUUUUGUAAAAAAAUACUCUUUUUUUUCCUUCUAAGAAUACUUUUUUUGUUGUAGAAGGUUGGCAGGUCUGCUGUGGCCAUCAUCGACAUCAAUAUUAAGUUUUCGCAAUUUCAACUGGGACAGAAUCUGCAAAAUAGUUAAUCUAUUGAAAAUGUCUGUCAAAUCAUAACGGACGGCUGAGAGGUCUUUGUCGAAGAACUGUGACGAACCGGGACAGCUUAUCGUCAUAAAAUUCUGAGCUGACGAAUAAUUGCAAAUAUGUUGUUUGUCCAUAGUCACGGAUGGCACAGCUGUUUUGAUACACCUAUUUUCUACAAAGACUGCAUUGCCAUGAAGGGCUUUUGACAAUAGAUUCUCUAUGUUCCAGAAAGUGUCUGCAUAAUGAUUUCCGAAACUCCCUAUCAUCACUGACGGCAGUUCUCCAAGUCUUCUGCUUCUACUCAAGCAAGAAAAGACACAUUUCUUCUUUCAAUGUGUCCUCUCAACUGGCAAGGUCAAGGGUCAUCAAAUCAACAAUUUACAAAUGAUAUCAAUCACAAGACUAAUUUCAUUUUGUAUCACUGAUAAGUACAUGCAUUGUGAAACCAGCUGUUAUUUCUGCAAUUAUAUUGCAGUGUACAUAUUUAUUGGAUGAUUAAAUGUCCACCUUUUUAUAGGAAAUGUCUUUGGCAA